UGUCCGGGUCGAACAUGACUGGUGCCUGACCGCAGCCCACCACCCCCUUCACGGCGGGCCCGGAGCCCCUUCGGGAACAGACUGCCGGGUGGUUAGCCUCUACCUACGGCCACCCGUGUCACUUCAGCCCCUCCCCAGAGGCCCGGGGGACAGCGCCUUACCCGCCUCCCGCCAUGUCACGGCAGCCCCGCCUCGCCCUGCCCGGCCCGGCUCGGCCUCACCCUCUCCCCGCUCUUCUGCCCCUUGGAGGCCGAGCAACGUUUCUCCACCCGCCGGGCGUCUCGGCCCUUGGCUGGUGUCGGGGAGAGGCGGCAGCGGGCAGCGCUUUGGCCGCCGCUUAGGGAGCAGCAGAGCGGGGACUCCUUUGCGUGGCUCAGGUGGAGGUAGCGUGCCGGGGCAGCUUGGGGUGUGCAGGACGUCCAGAGCCUCCCAGCAUGACCAGUCCUGGCACCAAGGCGUCGUGGCUCUCGCAGCCGAUGGUGAAGAGCGUGCUGGUGUAUCGCAACGGGGACCCUUUCUUUCCCGGGCGCCGCAUUAUCAUAAAUGAGAAGAAAGUGUCCAACUUUGAGGUUUUCCUGAAAGAAGUGACGGGUGGGGUGAAGGCACCUUUUGGAGCCGUGCGUAACAUCUACACACCCCGGAGCGGGCAUCGUGUCCGGCAGCUGGAGGAGCUUCAGAGUGGAGAGCAGUAUGUGGCUGGUGGCAAGGAAGGCUUCAAGAAGCUCAACUAUUUGGACAUAGGAGAAACAAAGAAAAAAACUGCUGAAGUCAAUAAUGAGGUCAAGCCAGUUACUCACAGUAGAAUCACCGUGUCAGCACGGUUUCGAAAACCACUCCAGGAACCCUACACUAUUUUCCUGGUUGCUAAUGGAGACCUUAUUAGCCCUGUAGUACGCCUCCUCAUUCCCAGGAAAACACUGAAUCACUGGGACCAUGUUCUUGAAAUGGUUACAGGAAAAGUUACACUCAGGAGUGGAGCUGUUCACAGACUUUACACUUUAGAUGGAAAACUUGUUCAGAAUGGGUCAGACUUGGAGAAUGGACAAAUUUAUGUUGCAGUGGGUAGAGAAAAGUUUAAGAAAUUGCCAUAUGGUGGUCUGCUGUUUAGCAAACCUACAAUGAAAAGGCCGCAAGGUUCCAAAGCCUCUGUAUUGCCUCCGAUUGUGGGAUCUCAAAAGUCUAAAGGCAGUGGAAAUGAUCGGCAAUCUAAAUCUACCAUCGCAUCCAGUGAGCUGGGUGAAAACAGUUCUUCACCUCAGCCUCCCAAAGGGAAGGACAAAAAAAGCCAGAAUCCAGAGAAUUCUCUGCCCAGACACUUUUCUAACAACUAUACAAAAGUAAAACAGACAGUAAGAGUAAAAGCUUCCAUGAGAGUCCUUCAUGAUAAUGGUGAAGAUAUUUACAAAGCCAGAGAAGAGCUCUCAGACAUGUGGGGGGCAGCUGAGGUGCAGGAAGAUGAAGAUACUCGUGUAGAAGUUCCCCUGGACCAGAGGCCAGCAGAAACUGUAGAUGAAGAAGAAAAUGCAGAAGAGGAAAAUGACAAGGGAGAGGAGGCAUAUAAAAGAGAGGAAGAAUAUCCAGAAAUGAAUGGAGAGGAAAGUGGGGAAACUGUUAAAAAAAGAAGUGAAGUAGAAAAAAACAAGAAGAAAUUGUAUGAGAAUUAUGAAGCUGAAGCAGAAGAAACAGAGAAUGUUGACCAAGCAGAGGAAGAAGCUUGUAACCAUUUAAAUGGUAAGAAAAAUAAAGAAAAUGUUGGGGGAAUGGAGCCCUUGAACUACAAAGGUGAUCUUCAGCCUGAAGAAGAAGUAGAAGAAGAGAAUUCUGACAGCCAGAACCAGGUUGAUUCCCAUCUUGAAAAAACCUCCACAAAUCCAAGGGUGACAAUCACCAGUCCACAAGAAAGUGAAAAAAAUUACCAGAGCAAUGACUAUGCUGCAGUUGCAUAGACAGAAAAAAAUAUGAGCAGAAAAUUAAAUAUUAUAACACUUCAAAUAUAAAGCAUGUUAUUUUUUGUAACUGAUAAUUUAUAAUGGGAGGAUAGGUUAAGUACCCAUAUAUUGAGUCUAGAAAUCAUAAUGCCAUAUAGAACGAUGUAGAAAACAAACAUUAGUAGUUACUAAAAAUACAUCAAAUUAUUUUUAAAAACUGAGAUUUUCCAGUAGAAUUUGAGGGAAGGGAAAUACAAGAGUACUGUAUUGUAGCUGUAGUGAAACAAAUGAACUUUUCUGUCAUAUAAAAUGGUUAGAAUAUCCAUUAGAAUAUUCAUUAGAAUAACUACAAAAGUUAUACUGUUCCAGAAAAACAAAAAAGUGAAUGAAUUUUGACUUUUUAAUGAAGACAUAUGUAUUUUUUCCGUUAAAGUUCCACAUGAUAUAAAAUGAUGUCUAGACAUGACAUUAAGAUAUAAUUAGAAUAUAUUCCUCACUUAAUGGACCUAUGCCCACAAACAAUGGUGUGCUGUAAUGAGGUGUCAGUGCUAAUGUUAUUAAAGAGUAGAUUUUUGAAAUCCUAAUUAGAAUUGUUAGGUUUUACAUCAUAAAUAGCACUUAUUUAACAUAAUAUUAAUGUAUGGAGAAAGCCUACAGUCCUGCAGUUUGUUCCCAUUUACAGCAAGAAGUUUUGUUGAUUGCCCUGCACCAAUUCAGUAAACAAUGGUUUGAUACUGUAGUGGGGAAAAAAGUAAAGGAAGAAUAUAUAAACAGAGUAGUUUCAAAAGUUGAGUUUGGAUGGAUUUGUUACUCAGCCUAUGAGAAAGUUGAUUCAUUAAUGAAAAAAAAAAAAAAAAAAGAAUAGGCCUGAAUUCAGACUGAAAUUGCCAUGAAACCAUUGCUGUCAAUGGGGCUAUUUUAAUAUGAAAUAUGUUAGAAUGAACCUGCCAGUUCUCUGUAAAAGUCAGAAAUUAUUGCUGCAUUUAUGAAUCCUGUAUGUAGCCUUAAUGGUUGGAAAUGUAUCAUCACCUUUUUGAGCAAGUUGGAUCCUGAUGGGCUGUGGCUUAAUUUGCAUUAUUAAAAAAGCAUCGAUCCACAAUAUUAAUUCUUCUAAUGACAGCAGUCCCAUUGCCCACAUUGUUUCUCUGUUAGUAAUGAGAUUAAUAUGUAGUUCACAGGAAUACAGCUCUGAGCAUAAUUCAUUAAUUAUACAGAAGAAAUAGUGGGUUACUUUGUCAUUAAUGCUGGUAAGUUAUUACUAUGAGAAUCUAAAUGUGGGUGUUUUUUUUUUUUAAUUUCAUGCCAUUGAGACAAAAAAUAUGUUCAUGACCAAAGUGAACUUGAAGCACUGUUUGAGGAAUGUGAAGAACCAUUUGUCCUGACUGAAACUCAUAUGAACAGCUUCACUUUUUCUGCUGACUACUAUGUGUAUUUUUCCAACUGAGUAGAAAUGUUUAGAGAGCCUUCCACCUGUUUCUUUGUAUUGGCAAUAUAAGUCUAGAAACCAUUAUGUUAAAAUCCAUAGGAACAGGGUUAGAACAGAACAUCCCUGAAUUGUCUGACCGUGUGUCCUUUGACAAAAUUCUGAAGAAAUAUUGCAUUUGUGAUUAGUUCAAAAUAAGGUCCUGAGCCAAGCUCUUAAGGAUGUGUGUAUACUACUUCUGUUUGACACAAUGUGCUCAAAUAUAUUUGAUUUGAUUGGGAUUUAGGAAGACAUUUAAAGUUAAGCAGAAGUAAAAAACCACCAAUGCUCCCGUGCUUCCAAGAACAAAAUGAAUCCAAUAACUGGCCAUGCCAGUGAGGAAAAAUGACAGGCAGAAAUCCUCUAGGUACCUUUAGAGUUAAUCCUGGCCUGGAAUAAUACAUACAGUAGCAUUAAAAGCCCUCAAAUAAUACUUAACCAACCAGAGAAAGCAGCUCUGGCUCCUCAAGGAGCUUAGGAGAAUUUACCUGCUGAACCUUCUGUGAAAAGCUGACCAAGAAGUUGGCUGAUGCUGCCUCUCUGCUGACUCAGAGCUGAAUCGCUCCUCUGCUCACAGGUAAAGGUGCUCUUAGAUGUACUGCUGAAUCCACACAAAUAACAGUAAUCCUCCUUUGACAUAACCAUGAAUUGGCUCUUUGCUAAAAGUUAAUGGUCUACCAAAUUCAGGACUCUACUUGUUGUCCUAUUAUUUCAGACUAUGGCUUGAGCUGUUCUUCAUCCUCAAAAGUGUGAAUUUAAAUUUACAUACAUAUCUGAUAUGUAUGCAAAAAUAUCUGAUGGAGAUACUUAAUAGGGAGAAUGUGCGUAUAAAAAUGUUGUAUUGAGAAAAAGAUAUAUAAAAGAAACUGAGGUAAAAAAAAACAACAA